GCGGUUGGUGCGCAGGCGUAGAGCGGCCAUUGCUUCUGACAGCAACUGCGGGCUCAUCUCCGUCGCCAUCAUGUCGAUCUUCACACCCACCAACCAGAUCCGCCUGACUAAUGUGGCCGUGGUGCGCGUCAAGAGGGCAGGGAAGCGCUUUGAGAUCGCCUGCUACCGGAAUAAGGUCAUGGGCUGGCGGAGCGGCACGGAAAAGGACCUUGAUGAAGUCCUGCAGACAAACACCGUCUUUGUGAAUGUCUCCAAGGGCCAAGUGGCAAAGAAGGAAGAGCUGGUCAAAGCCUUUGGCACGGAAGACCAGACAGAAAUCUGCAAGAUGAUUCUGGCCAAGGGAGAGCUGCAAGUGUCGGAUAAAGAGCGGCACACGCAGCUGGAGCAGAUGUUUCGUGACAUUGCAACCAUUGUGGCAGAGAAGUGCGUGAACCCAGAAACAAAGAGGCCGUACACAGUCAUCCUCAUUGAAAGAGCUAUGAAGGAUAUUCACUACUCAGUCAAACCUGGAAAAAGCACUAAGCAGCAGGCCUUGGAGGUAAUCAAGCAGCUGAAGGAGACUAUGCAGAUUGAGCGGGCGCACAUGCGUCUCCGCUUUGUCCUCCCCCGGAAAGAGGGGAAGAGGCUGAAAGAGAAGCUGAAGCCCCUGAUCAAAGUAAUUGAGAGUGAGGAUUUUGACGAGCAGCUGGAAAUUGUGUGCCUUGUGGAUCCAGGCUGCUUCCGGGAGAUUGACGAGUUGAUCCGGUGUGAGACUAAAGGCAAAGGGACCCUUGAAGUGCUCAGCCUGAAAGAUGUGGAAGAAGGGGAUGAGCGCCUGGAGUAGCCGCCGACCAAUCCCACCCCAACCCCAGCAAGAACUGUAUUAAAGGCUCCCUCACGUCGCCUGUUUGUGGGUUGACCUUUGCUAUUUUCCCAAUUCUUGUUUGAGCUUUUCUUUGGGUGUUAAUCCCACCCCAACCUUGGUGAGUGGUUGCAUUUGAAGGCAACUUGGAGAAUAAGAACCUUCUCAUUUGAGUCGAAAGGUGGGAAGCCCUCCCUAGUCGGGUUGGUUCUGCUGGGACUAUUUCCUUGUUCUUUGAGUGCUUAGUUGCAGGGGGUCAAGGGUCCACAAAAUGCCAAAACGUCUUUCCUUAAAGACUGAAGAACUGCAGCAGGCUGUGGGCUGGGAUGGCCACUUGUCAGAGAAGAAACUGACCAUAGCCACUAAAAAUAAAUAAAUGAAAAGCAAGCAUUGGCAGGCCUGAUCCUGCCACAGCCUUAGUAUGCAGCCCCCCUUCCCAGUUGCCUUUUCGUUGCCUGCUGUGAAGGGCAGUGACAAGAGAAUGUUGAACGCGGUCUUCUGUGUGUGUGCCAUGGAACCAGCUUGUGGGUUGCUGGGCCAGGAGGAAGAUCUGUGUGCCCAGCCUUCUGCAGCUGGUUUUGAGUUCCAGCAGCACCACCAUAUGCUUUUAGUGGCUGCAGAGUCAUUGUUCAUGUUGAGGGACCCAUCAAAGCACUGACCAGACACAGAAAAGCCAAGCUCCAGAAAUAAUUGUUCAGAUAAUUUAUUUUGGAAAAAAGAAAAUUAUAUUUACAAUAACUUAAAAUAUAGAAAUCAGUAUUUAUUUCAUAGAUCAGCCUCUUGAUCUAGCAAAAGGCCCGGGCCGGGCUCCAGUGACUCUCUACCCUUCCCUUGAGUUCUUUCCAUUCAUUGUACCAAUUGAUGGUUUGGCGAAUAGACCACACAGGUGAAGACAAUUCAGGUGCCAAGUAGAAAAUGCCAGGAGGCCCUUAAUUUCCUGUAGAUAACUUUGGGGUUACAGUCAUAUUCUCUCCCCC